AUGUCAUUGUGCUCUUGCAUUUGUGAUCAAGCUAUGCCAGCAUUUAAGGGUGUGUGGACACAGGAUUUCUGGCGAUCAGUUUCUGGAGAGUUUUUGUCUAUGUUGAUCUUUGUGCUGCUCAGCUUGGGGUCUACUAUCAACUGGACAACAACAAAAGACAACCCUCCUUCUAACGUCAUCCUCAUCUCACUCUGCUUUGGCCUUUCUAUAGCCACGCUCGUCCAGUGCUUCGGCCACAUCAGUGGUGCACACAUCAACCCAGCUGUCACAGCGGCCAUGGUGGCCACAUGCAAACUGAGCCUGGCGAAGGGCGUUUUCUAUUUGGGAGCACAGUGUCUGGGGGCAAUAGUAGGUGCUGCUGUCCUAUAUGGUGUUACCCCUCCUGGCGUGAGAGGAGCACUGGGGGUCACUACGGUCCAUGCUAAUAUUUCUCCUGGUCAUGCCCUAGUCAUUGAACUGUUCAUCACCUUUCAGCUGGUCUUUACUGUCUUUGCCACCUGUGAUCCUAAGCGGAGUGACCUGAAGGGGUCAGCAGCUCUCUCUAUUGGCCUCUCGGUUUGUGUCGGCCACCUGUUCGCUAUCCCAUACACUGGGGCAAGUAUGAAUCCUGCUCGCUCAUUCGGUCCUGCAGUAAUCAUGGGAAACUGGGAAAAUCACUGGGUGUACUGGUUGGGGCCAAUAAUGGGUGGCGUUUUAGCAGCAGCCAUGUAUGAGUACCUGUUCUGCCCCAACCCCGAGUUAAAGAAACGUUAUACCAACGUCCUGCCCAGGAAGUCCCUCCAUAGUGCUCAUUACCUGGAUAUGGAGCCAAGCACGUUCUCCAGUGACCAAACCCUAAUGGUCAAGCAACCAGCCUUUUCUGUGCUGGAUGUGGAGCAUGCUGAAAGGAAAGAAAGAGAGGCGGCAGGAGAGGUUCUGUCUUCUGUAUGA